GCAAAUGUUGAAAUCGAGUCAAGUUAUAUCUAUAUCAAGUUAUCUGAAUUAGAUGGAAAGAGCAUAUGUGAAAUGAAAUACAGCAUCAGUGGCAUUAAGAAACAGCUGGAAGGCGUUUAUACUCUAUAUAUACAGAAAUAUACAAACAAAAUGGGUGUAUCAAGAGAUAAUGGUAAGAAUAUGAAUAAAUUUUAAGCAGAAUAAGGAGCAUUACAGCCUUAAAAGCACUCUUUAUAUUAUGGGAAAACGCCAGACAGUAGAUAGAAAUGUUGAAAGCAUUUUAAAAUGUGCAGAGAAAAGAAGUUUGGUUGUUUUUAAUGAAAGAAACUGUAGUGGAGAAUGUAGCGUAAAGGAAAUUCAGCACAGUAGGGGGCAGUAGUGCAACAAACCGGAUGCUGUAAAACUCCGAAGAAGAAGAAGACUUCCUCCAGUCCUGCGGGAAGCAGCAGAGAGCCGGUCUAUCGGGCUGAAGAAGACAAACAUCGGCUCCAGAGCACUUGCUGCUGUCAUUCAGUGUCUUCGCUGCACUUACAGACGGGUUUUUUUCCUCCUGGAUCCAGCGGAAAGAACUCAUCGGGAUUCUUUUAUUCGUCUGUGAAGCCUGCUCUAAACCCCGCGCUCUUCAGGACACCCCGGCAGUGAAUAACAUGGGUGUGCGCCGAGCAUCCGAUUAGUUCAGAAAGUACAAAGAGAGAAAACCCUGCGCUUCACCUACUUCGGCGGGAGAUCGUUUUCUUCUACACGUCGGACCCCGGUUACACGCUUCCGCUGGGGUUUACCUCGGAUUCGGAGCUGGACGGUUCCGCGCUCUUCCACAGACACAAGGCCGAUUUCUGUCGCCCGAACCUCGCGAGCCACCAUGGCUAAAGUGCAGGUGCUGAACGUGGCUGUUCUGGAUAACCCCAGUCCUUUCGGAAACCCGUUUCAGUUCGAAAUCACAUUUGAAUGCAUGGAGGACCUGCCUGAAGAUCUUUCAUCUCGGUGGAAGAUCAUCUAUGUGGGCUCUGCAGAGAGCGAGGAGUACGACCAGAUCCUGGACUCGGUUCUGGUCGGCCCAGUUCCGCAGGAAGACAUAUCAUUCGGGUUUGAUUGACAGGCGGAUGCUCCAAACACGGGGCUGAUCCCGAGAGCGACGCGGUGGGGCGUGACCGUGAGUGCUGAUCACGUGCACCUAUCGGGGCAGGAGUUCAUUCGCGAUCGGCUACUCGUGAACAACGAGUACCACGGACCCGAGCUGCGGGAGAACCCGCCGGUCAAACCCGACUACACACAGCUGCAGAGGAACAUCUUGGCCUCUAACCGCGUGACCCGUUUCCACAUCAACUGGGAAGCGGCGAUGGACAAGAUGGAGGAUUCGGAGAAUGUAGACCCGCCCCAAUGCCAUGCUCCGCCCUCCUCCAUGCCCGGCAAAGCGCCCCUCGGACUCAUGCCCGACAACUCUAUGGACUGCUUAUAAAGCGCGAACGCGACCGCAACCUCGCUCGUGAAGUAAUAAAUGUGUUCUUUUGUAUUUAUACACCUACAGUUGUCCCACACGUGCUCUUAGCGCUGAGAUCGGGCGCGACAGCAGGGGCCGGACCUGCAGCACCAGCAGACGUGGACUGUUCUCUUCUGUUUUUCUGUGGUGCACAUCACUAGUGAGGUGAAUCCCAUAAA